UAUAUAACGUCGCUCAUGUCGCCCGCGCCGACGGUGGAGGCGCUGGGGAGGCAGCCGGACGUGCCCGGGACGGCGGCUGCGGCGGUGAUGGCCAAGGAGAAGAAGGACGGGGUGGUGAAGGAGGUGAUACGGCUCGAGCGGGAGUCCGUCAUCCCCAUCCUCAAGCCCAAACUCGUCAUGAAGCUCUCCUACCUCAUCGAGCAAGAUAAAGACCGUGCCGAGUUUUUGAAGCUAUGUAGGAGGGUGGAGUACACUAUACGUGCUUGGUAUCUUCUGCAAUUUGAGGAUCUAAUGCAAUUGUAUGCCCUGUUCGAUCCUGUUUCUGGAGAGAAGAGUUUGGAGCAGCAGAGCCUGACACGUGAUGAGACUGAAACUCUUGAACUCAAUUUUCUAACGUACCUUUUUCAGAUAAUGGACAAGAGCAACUUCAAGUUGUUGUCUGAUGAAGAGAAUGAAGUAGCUCAUUCUGGUCAGUAUCUUCUGAACCUACCGAUCAAAGUUGACGAAUCGAAGGUUGACAAAACGUUGUUGACCAAGUACUUUAAAGAGCACCCACAUGAUAACCUACCAGCAUUCGCCGAUAAGUAUAUUGUGUUCCGCCGAGGCAUUGGAAUCGACCAAACAACAGAUUACUUCUUUAUGGAGAAAGUGGAUGUGAUCAUAUCUCGAGUUUGGAGAUUCUUGCUAAGAGUCACAAUGAUUGAGAAAUUGUUCUCUAGGAAGCGAAAAUUGAAGCCCAAAAAAGACACAAAGAAGACUGACGAAGUCAAUGACGAAGAGCCAGCAGACCUCUUUGUUGAGCGUAUACGCCUUGAAAAAAUGGAGCUGAGCAUAAGGAAUCUACUAAGUCAGAUGACAAUUCAAGAGCCUACAUUUGAAAGGAUAAUCGUGGUGUAUAGGAGGGCCAGCAAAGAAACUAAUAAAGAUCGGGGAAUAUUUGUAAAGCAUUUCAAGAACAUUCCAAUGGCUGACAUGGAGUUAGUUCUGCCAGAGAAGAAGAACCCUAGUUUAACGCCAAUGGAUUGGGUCACGUUCCUAAUUUCUGCAGUGCUUGGUUUGGUCACUCUAGUAGGUUCUCUUGAAAUGCCAAAGGCCGAUAUAUGGGUUGUCACCGCCAUAGUUUCCGGUUUGGUUGGAUAUUGUGCUAAGAUCUACUUCACAUUUCAGGCGAACAUGGUUACUUACCAGAAUUUAAUUACAAAGUCGAUGUAUGACAAGCAGCUUGACAGUGGCAAAGGAACGCUUCUACACUUAUGCGACGACGUGAUCCAGCAAGAAGUUAAAGAGGUCAUUGUCUCCUAUUAUAUUCUGAUGGAGCAAGGAAAAGCGACUAUACAAGAUCUCGAUUCGCGUUGCGAACAGCUCAUCAAGGAAGAGUUCGGUGUGGAGUGCAAUUUCGACGUCGUUGAUGCGGUGAAGAAGCUAGAGAAGCUUGGAAUUGUGUCCCGGGACUCAAUCGGGAGGAUCAUGUGCGUUCCGCUGAAGCGCGCAAAUGAGGUUAUAGGGACUACGACCGAGGAAAUGGUGAUGCGUGCCCAACAAGCACCAGCUGGUUCUUAGGCUCUGCAGAGUGGCAGAGAGAGUGACAUCUGUUCGCAGGAAGACGGUUUAUCUUAAAGCAAUCUCCUCAUGUUCCA